AUGAGCUGGCAAACGCAGCUGCUCUCUUUCGCGGCCGCUGGGCUCGCCUAUCUCGUCUUCACAGCCAUCCACCGGCUCUACUUCAGCCCGCUGGCCGCGAUCCCCGGCCCCAGGUGGGCUGCGCUGUCUCUAUGGAACGAAUUCUACUACGACGUCGUUCGUCGCGGGACAUUUAUGUGGCAGAUCCAAGACAUGCACAAGAAAUAUGGCCCCUGCGUGCGCAUCAAUCCCUAUGAGGUUCACAUCCUCGACCCCGACUUCUACGACGAGCUGUACGUCAACACGAAGCGACUUGACAAGUACAGGUGGUGGACGAAUCUCGCUGGUGCCGACGGAAGCUCCUUCUCCACAAUCACCCACGAUCAGCAUAAGCUUCGGCGCGGCGCAGUCAAUCCCUUCUUCUCAGCUCGCUCUGUCACGAAGCUCGAGCCCUUGCUCAGGUCCAAGAUCGACAAGCUUAGUGCGCGCUUCGAUGGCUUCGUUGAGUCUGGCGAGGUGUUGCGCCUCGACGCUGCCUUCAUGGCCCUCACCAUGGACAUCAUCUGCGACUACGCUUUUUCACACGACCGCAAAUACCUCGACGAGCCCGAUUUUAAGCUGCUCUGGAAGCAGACCAUCAUCGGCGCCUUCGAGGGCGGCGCACUGGGCAGGCAAUUCCCUUGGAUGCUCCCCUUGAUGAAGCGCCUCCCGGUAUCUGUGGUUUCGGCGAUGAACCCGUCUGUCGGCCACCUGCUCAGUUGGCAGGCCGGCGUCAAAGAGCAGGUCAGGCCCAUAUUGGAAGGCGUCGAUGAAAUAACAUUGUCGGGCGACAAAGACGCGUCUUCCAGGACAAUCUUUCACACGCUCCGUGACAGCGACCUGCCACCAGAGGAGAAGACUCUGCAGCGCCUAUGCGACGAAGGCGAGAUCCUGACUGGAGCUGGCUCAGAGACCACCGCUCAGACCCUGACGCGCAUCCUGUUUUACCUCAAACAAGAACCAAAGACUCUGGCGAGGUUGCGAGAUGAGCUUGAUGGCGCUCUGUCAAAGCGGACUGCAGCUCCUUCGUGGACCGAGCUGCAACAGCUGCCGUAUCUGAGCGCUGUCAUUAAAGAAGGCCUGCGACUGUCUUACGGAACCACGACCCGCCUCCCACGUAUCGCGCACGAGGAUAUACGCUACAAAGAACAUGUCAUCCCGGCAGGAACUCCCAUUUCACAGACGCCGUAUUUCGUUCUCAUGCACGCGUCCAUCUUCCCAGACCCCGCGUGUUUCCGACCAGAGAGGUGGCUAGAGCCAGCAGCAAAGGACAUGAAACUAGACAGAUACCUCGUUUGCUUUGGCAAAGGCAGUCGCCAGUGUUUGGGCUUGAAUCUCGCUUACGCCGAAAUGUACCUCACGAUCGUGGCUGUUGUCCGCCGAUUCGACUGGGAGAUGUACGAGACCACUCUCGAUGACAUUGUCUGCAAGCACGACUUUUUCGUAGCGGUUGCCAGCCUCGACAGCAAGGGUGUGCGUGCAAGGUUGUCAGCGAGGCACUUCUAG